AUGUUAACUUUCUUUUACAUAUGUAUAUCUACUUGCCUUUUACAGGUUUAUAUUGUGUACAUGGGAGCCAAAACUGUUGAUGAUCCUCGAUCCAUUGAAAACUCGCACUAUGAGAUGCUCACAAAUUUGCUAGGAAGCAAAGAAGCAGCCAAAGAAUCAAUCUUAUACAAUUACAAGUAUGGGUUUUCAGGAUUUGCUGCAAUGUUAUCUGACUCUCAAGCCAUGAAUCUAUCAGGUUUUUCCAAUGUUGUUCGUGUAUUUCCCAGUACACUUCUGUCUCUGCAUACAACUAGAAGUUGGGAUUUUCUACAAGUAAAGUCUGAAGUGUCGAGCGGAAUACUUAGAAAGAGUCAGAAUGGCAGUGGUUCAAUUAUUGGCAUCCUAGAUUCUGGAGUAUGGCCAGAGUCUGAAAGCUUCAAAGAUGAGGAUAUGGGACCGAUCCCAUCUCAUUGGAAAGGGAUAUGCCAAGAAGGAGAAAAUUUCACUCUCUCCAAUUGUAAUAGAAAAAUUAUUGGUGCGCGUUGGUACAUUAAAGGAUACGAAGCCUCAAAAGGAAACUUGAACACAAGUGGUUUGGUUGACUUCUUGUCUCCACGAGAUUCAAAUGGCCAUGGUACUCAUGCAGCCUCAAUUGCAGCAGGGGCUUUUGUACAAAAUGCAAGUUUUAUAGGGCUAGCUCAAGGAUUAGCAAGAGGGGGAGCCCCAUCAGCUUUUUUGGCUAUUUAUAAAGUUUGUUGGGAAUCUAAGGGUAGCCUUACUACAUGCAGUGCUGCAGAUAUUCUCUCCGCGUUUGAUGAUGCUAUCUAUGAUGGAGUAGAUGUUCUUUCUAUAUCUAUUGGCUCCUCACUCCCAUAUGAUCCUUAUGUCGCGGACGUUGAGUCUAUCGGUUCAUUUCACGCUGUGGAUAAAGGGAUUUCUGUAGUCUACUCUGCUGGGAAUAAUGGUCCCAACCCUGAAACAGUUGAUCAUACUGCUCCAUGGAUUAUAUCUGUUGCUGCUGCCACCAUUGACAGAGCUUACCCCACUCUACUUACGCUUGGGAGCAAUCAGACCUUUCUGGGUCAAGCUUUAAAUACUUGGGAGGAUGCUCAGGAUUUCUAUCCCCUUGUGUAUGCAAAUUCCAUUGCAUCUAUACAUGCAGAUGGAGAGGAUGCAAAAAAUUGCAAAAUUGACACAUUAAAUGCAACAUUAGCACGUGGAAAAGUUGUUCUUUGUUUCCAAACAGAGACUCAAAGUUCACUAGAUCAAGCAUACCUAGCUAUAGUUUUCUCUGACGCAGUCGGCGUCAUCUUCGCCAUAGCACCCUCGAAAGAGAUUAUUCCAUCCUAUAUCUUUCCUGCUGUUCAAGUGGACUACAUAGUUGGAACGUCUUUGUUGAAAUAUGUGAAGUCCAAAAGACAUCCUACAGUCAAGAUCAGUGUCACAACAACAAGUGUGGGGAAACAAAUUGCCCCUGAAGUGGCAGACUUCUCGUCUCGAGGACCUAGUUCUCUUUCUCCCUCUGUGUUAAAGCCUGAUAUUGCUGCGCCGGGGGUUAAUAUAUUGGCUGCUUGGUCGCCUAAUUCUUUAUUAUUUCCAGUUAACUAUAGAAUCGUUUCUGGAACUUCCAUGGCUUGUCCUCAUAUAUCAGGUAUUAUUGCUCUUAUAAAAGCUAUCUAUCCCACUUGGAGCCCAGCUGCCAUCAAGUCUGCAAUAGUUACAACAGCUUCCAUAAAUGAUGUAUAUGGUCAAAAUAUUGUUGCCGAGGGACUCCCACGCAAGUUGGCUGAUGCAUUUGAUUUUGGGGGUGGUGUUGUCAACCCUAAUAAAGCCAUAGAUCCUGGUCUUGUUUUUGACAUGGAAACUUCAGACUAUGUUAAUUUUCUUUGUUCCAUGGGCUAUAAUGAGAGUGCCAUUAGUAAGAUGACUAGGACUCAAAUUCAAUGCAGCGUAACACCUGAUUUUCUCGGAAAUUUUAAUCUGCCCUCUAUUUCUAUUCCUGAAUUGAAGAAUUUCUUGACUAUAUCAAGGACGGUUACAAAUGUUGGUCCAAUAAAUUCUUUGUACUUUUCUCGCAUCGAAGCUCCCCCUGGCAUAAGUUUGAUGGUUAAUCCACCAGUUUUAAUAUUCACCGGUUCAAGACAGAAGCUCAUGUUUAAGGUCACAGUUUGCUCCCAAGUAAGAGUUCAAGGACGAUACUCAUUCGGAUAUCUACUUUGGGUCAGUCACUGGCAUUCAGUGAGGAUGCCAGUAAUUGUUCGUCCAAUCAUAGAUGACUUUGCUGCAGAUGCAUGA